AUGGCACCCACGCCCUCUCCUCUCCUUGCGACGGUCAGCCCAGACUCCAUUCAGCCAGAGGCUUUCGCAGAAGCUAUAUGGCCAGCCAUAAAUUAUGUUAUUAUUAUCACGAUCUUUGCGUCUAUGCUCGUCCCAGUCCUCAUCACGCUCCUCUGGUUCUCCACCCCUACAACUUGCAGGCGACCCAUAUUUAUAUUGAAUGUAGCCUCUAUCUUAGUGGGCAUCGGAGUGGCAACUUUUGGUGAUUACAUCAUUCUUAUUGAAAUUCUAAAUCCCACAGUUCAGAUGAGCGGGUCUGCAAGUACUGCCUUCCUCGUGUUACUCUUGCUAGCUCCAUGGGUAGCCAAACUGGUGCUAUUUUUCCGGCUUGCAACAGUGUUUCCGCCUCACCUCACUUCGAAGUUGAAGUUGGUUGCCAUCUUUGCCUUCCCAGUUGUUGUGAAGUGUGCUCUGGAGGUUAUUCUUUCGUGA